AUGGACCAACUAGAAGUCGCCUGUCACACUCUCAUCCAACAUCAUGCAAUUCUCCGAACUCUUUUCAUCCCCCACGGCGAUCAAUAUCUGCAAGUUAUCUUGCAUGACCCUCGCCUCUCGCUUGUUUAUAUUGCCUGUGAUACUGAUAUCCACACAUUCACCGAAUCUCUAUGCACACGGGAUAGCGUCUGGGCCCAGGCUCUGGGCCCCCCCCUUUUCCAAUUAUAUAUCAUCACGCAACGUUUAACCCAUCAGCGCCGUUUAUUGAUCAGACUCACCCAUGCCCAAUAUGACGGUACAUCUUUCGGCCAUCUCCUCAGGGACCUAUCUAUCGCAUACGAUGGCAACCGACUUCAGUCAUCGACGCCUUCAUUUGCCCAAUAUUUGCACUAUAAAAAGCAUCGUCAACUGUCCGAAACACGCCAGUUCUGGAAGGAGUACCUGCAAGGCACCUCUAUGACUAAACUGGAGCCCAGCCAGUCCAGUGAUGAGGAAUGGAGUUAUGCCGAUGGUCCCACAAUCAGUGCUGGUCGAGAGAUCCCCCUACCACCAAACCAGGAGGGAUUGCCGGUUGCGUUUCUUGCCCAGGCCGCGUGGGCAUUCAUCUUGGCGCAAUUAACGGGCGAUCACGAUCUUGUCUUCGGAUUGGUCUCGCAGAGUCGCAAUGCACCUUUCCCCCUACAUGCAAGAAGUCAACGGCCCCUGUAG